AUGUCCCUCGACAGACAGAAAAGUGGCACACCUGCCAAACCUUUUACCCCAACCUUGAGCACUGCUCUUCGCAAUACGAAGAGUCCUUUGACACCUAAGUUAGCUGGCUCCAAGAAUGCAUCGCCUACCAGCCCUCCUCGUCGUGCUCUACGGUCAGAGUCGACAGCACCACCUACAAGUCGAAAGGAGGACUUCCGGUCACCUGCUACCCCGACACUCAAUGGGAAUAUCACGCCACGAUCCGGGGCUCGAAUGUCUCGAAUAGGCGGCGAAUCUCCUUCUACACCUGGUGACAGCACUACAGGGACACCGUCGAGGACACGACCAUUGUCGGCAAUCGAGCUCUCAAAACCAAGGCGAUAUCUUGGAGCAACUACAGGACUGGGUAUUGAUGCACUUGGGGUCAAGCAGAACACCGGCGCAGUCGCACCUACUCUGGCUACAGGCCGGUUGGUGUCGAGUGAAUCGGGUAGACGGGUUUCGACAGGGAGUGCACGAAAUGGAGCUGGGAUGUCUGCCUCUCCAAGAUUUGUGCAUGCCAACGAUAUACUUCCAUCUUCAGCUUCUAAGGUCGGGCAGAUGGUGAAGACCGAAGAGAACACAACUUUCCCAUACGCUAGCGAUGCAGCAGGAAGGACUAACAGCCCGGAGCCUCUCCAGCCCACACCUCAAUCUCUGGAGAAAAAAGACCAAGGCAAGUUUUUUUAUGCAGAUGGCAGGCCAUCAGACCAUUUAUCACCAUCUCGAAACCCUCCCAUCGCUGCAAAGGCUGGCCCUGCUGCAACAUCUUCUCCACCAUCUCGAACCCUCAAUAUUCAAAUAGCAACUCGAGACCUAGAUCUACCACCAUCACCAACAAAAGCAGAAAGCCUGAGAAGCGCGCCUGCGACAUUUAACUCCGGAAGUGGCAAGCCUGUAAAGGCGAGAAUAGCUGAUGGGUCUGUCAAGCCAACCGCUCCCGUUACGCCCUCUGAUAGCUCCCGCCGAACCAGCAUCGCCAGCAAGACAUCAACCGUACGACAGGUAGGUCAGCGAAGGCCGUCGAUUCCAGUUGACUCUACGCCCUCAACACCACCCCAGAAGGCAAAACUGCAAAUCAGCCCUAGAGCCUACAUAGGCCAAGUUGCAUCCCAACAACCAGAAUUUCCACAAUCGCCAACUGAGCGCAUUAGCCCACGAUCAACAAGUCUCAGCUCUUCAAACACAGGUGUAUCCACCCAGACCCUCGACUCAACACCCGCCAACUCCGCCCACCCUCUCAGCCCAGCAAAGAGUGUGCCGCCACAGUCUCCCUUGCAAAGGUCCAACGAGCUAGCCGCCAACGCGCGGCGAGAGCGGAAAGUCCUGGAUUUAGAGAUCAGUAACUCCUCCCUCCUUGCAAUCAAUCGUACCCUCGAGCGCGAAAUGCGCAAGCAGUCUCUUGAACUGCGCAAAUUCCGUCGCCGCAGCCGGUGUCGCCAAGUCUCGACGGCGUCUACCGCCAUGAGAUCUGUAUCCGGACAGUCCGGACUGGGCACCGUCGCCGAAUCAGAAGAUGGCGAUGGCGAUGCUGAAGGCGAGUAUGGCAGCCUCUCCGACCUGGGCGAAAUGAGCAACUCGGAGUUCGAUGGGUCGGACCCAGAAUCUGCAUAUGACGACGACUCAUCCCUCCUCUCACCCACAUCUCCAUCAGAACGCUCCCUCCGUGCCCGCACAAGAGACGAAAAACGCCUCCGUCUCGACCUGAGCAGACACCAACAACUCCUCAUCGACAGUCAGAAGAUGAACCAAAGCAUCAAGCGGUGUCUGAACUGGACCGACGAACUCAUCAACGAAGGCAGGAAAGCCCUCGAAUACCAAGUCAAGGUCAGUGAUGUCCAAGUAGGAGGGAAAGUGCUGGUGCCUGAUGAGGAGGAGGAUGAGGGUGGUGGUGGUGGUGUUGAUGGCGGGAGCAGUGAGAAAGGGCUGCUGAGUGCGGGUAAUUUGCUCCCAGUCUCGACUCCAAAUGAAGUGAAACAGGAACGGAAGCUGUGGAGACAGGGGCUCGAGGAGAUGGAAAUGGAGGUCGACAGGAUGUUGGCGCAGUCGAGUACGUUGAAGGAGGUUGUCCCUGCUUAG